UAAAUUUUUUAAGAUUCUUACAUGAGUAGAAAGUUCAAAAGAAUAGCUUUUAUUUACAAUAUAAUUACUUUUUGCCACAAUGGAAUUUGUUACUGUCACUUUUGCUCAAUUUAGUGCUUCCUUGCUGGAUAAUAAGUAUGUAUUUCUUCUGAAAAGAUUAAUUAAAUCCAUCUUUUGAUGUUGUUACAAUGAUUUUAUGUAAUAUGAAAAAUUGGCUGUUUCCAACAGUGGACUCAUUGUAAUUUCAAUUGAAACCACUUUAUACAGUCUUCUACUUCUUGUUCUGACAGCUCCCCUCAGGCAGCAUGAGGAUUUCUAAAUGACCAUUUAGUAGCUGGUUUUCUGCUUAAGCUCUUGGUGUCUAAUAAUAGAAAUUUAAUCAAAAAAUCUGCUUCAAAGCAGAGCACCUGUGGGUACGUUUGUAGGAUCUGCACUAAUUACACCGAAAAGGCUCCACCUUUGGGGCUUCCAGACCAAUUUCUGCAGAAAUAAUUACUUAACCCGAUGCUGCUCCCUGGGUCACAUGCAUUGGCAGACAUCGGCCUUUUAGUUAAUGAGGAACAGUUUCUGCAAUGAUCAGUCAACGCUUAAGGCAAAGGGCUGUCUUCUGGAACGACUGUGUGCUGCUGGCAGGUUAAAGUGGCUAAAAUGAAGGUCACUACGGGUUGGAAAAUUCUCUGAUCAAGAAAAAUACACUGUCUCAGUCGAUAUCGUUGCUUGGCUACACUUAUUUUAAAGUGCCUUGCUGCACUGUAAUUAUACAUGUAAGCACUGAGUGACAUUAAUUAACAUGAAGUUACUAUAGGGUUAGUUGCAUGUUGCCUAAUUAUGCAUAAUUUACUGUUAUUAUUAAAGUAAGUACAUGUGACAAAAACACUAGAAGAAAGUCAGAAAGUUUUCCCGAUAUUGUCAUCUGUCCUGAUUGCUAUCAGAAAAAAAACAACACUACCAAAAUGUCAGAGGUGAAAAACAAACAAGACUAAAUAAAAAAAAAAAAAAAGUAUGGUUUACUAUGCAUGUCUCAGGACUCUGAAAACCUGCAGUUGUCCUUGAGAACAAGUGUCAAGGAUAUCUGACCUGAGAUCUGAGUCAUUACAUGUAUAGAUGAUGUUUACAAGCCUCAGUACAAGCAAAAGGCCCUGCAGCAACAAUUCGGAAUUAAUGACCGUUACAAAAGCUCCUGAAUAUGUUCUCACAAUAAUCAUGCAUCCAUAAGUGGUUCCUUCCGGCCCAGGUACAAUAUAACCCUUCAAAUCAAGCCCUCGCUUUACUCAGAGGGCUGUUGAUUCAGUUGUGUUGGAGGGAUGAACCUCACAACCGCCAGAAGCCCUUUCUCAGUCUCUUCAAUGAGCAAUGGAGAUGACCGUAAAUUCAGUUUGGGGGGAUGUAGCAAUUCCGAUACUGACAGCGUAGCCUCCCGCAGCUCUGGAGUCUUUUCUGGAUAUGACACUUUGGAUACUCCGCCGAGCUAUGACUUCUAUACCAACACUGAGGUCUUUGGGAGAGCAAAAAAGUCAAGACCUUCUCUCUUUCAGCUUCACUCCAACCCACAGGUGUUCUCUCAGGACGACCCUUCUCCACCUCCUCUCUAUGAGGAGUCGAGUGUGGACAAACAGAGUCCGGAUGAAGAUGAACCAACAGAACCUCCUCCAGAACCGACCCGCUUUGGAUGGGCUCAGGGAGUCAUGAUCCGCUGUAUGCUGAAUAUCUGGGGUGUUAUUUUGUACCUGAGGCUUCCCUGGAUCACAGCUCAGGCAGGGAUUGGAAUGACCUGGAUUAUAAUCUUGGUCUCCUCUUCUAUUACUGGCAUCACAGGCUUGUCCACAUCAGCCAUUGCCACUAAUGGAAAGGUUAAAGGAGGUGGAACAUAUUUUCUGAUCUCUCGUAGUUUGGGUCCAGAACUAGGAGGCUCGAUUGGGCUUAUAUUUGCUUUUGCUAAUGCGGUAGCUGUAGCUAUGCACACUGUGGGUUUUGCUGAAACGGUACAGGUGCUCAUGCAGGAGACUGAGGUUAGCAUGGUAGACAAACUAAAUGAUAUCCGUAUCAUUGGAGUGAUUACUGUCACCUGUCUGCUGGCCAUCUCAAUGGCUGGAAUGGAAUGGGAGUCCAAGGCCCAGGUCUUGUUCUUCUUGGUCAUCAUGGUCUCCUUUGCCAGUUACAUUGUGGGAACCAUCAUACCAGCCACUCCACAGAAGCAAGCCAAAGGAUUUUUCAGCUACAGAGCUGAUAUUUUUGCGGCAAACUUUGUGCCCGGCUGGCGCGGACCGGAGGGGAGUUUCUUUGGCAUGUUUUCCAUCUUCUUCCCCUCGGCUACAGGCAUCCUUGCGGGGGCUAAUAUCUCUGGAGAUCUGAAGGAUCCAAAUGUUGCUAUACCCCGUGGUACAAUGUUGGCCAUUUUUUGGACCACUAUAUCAUAUCUUAUUAUCUCAGCUACUAUUGGCUCCUGUGUUUUGCGUGAUGCUUCUGGUUAUAUAAAUGAUACCGUCUCGUCUUUGUCUGGGGAGUGUUUGGGAGUGGGCUGCAACUAUGGCUGGAACUUCACAGAGUGUAUAACCAACAAGACCUGCCCCUAUGGACUCAGCAAUUAUUACCAGAGUAUGAGCAUGGUGUCAGCGUGUGGUCCUCUGAUUACUGCUGGCAUUUUUGGAGCAACUCUUUCCUCAGCCCUGGCCUGUUUGGUAUCUGCUCCUAAAGUUUUCCAGUGCCUUUGCAAGGACAAGCUGUAUCCAGGCAUUGGGUUUUUCGGGAAGGGUUAUGGGAAGAAUAAUGAACCACUGAGAAGCUAUCUGCUAGCCUAUGUCAUCGCUAUAUGCUUCAUUCUAAUUGCUGAGUUGAACACCAUUGCUCCCAUCAUCUCCAAUUUUUUCCUCUGCUCCUACGCCCUCAUUAACUUCAGCUGCUUCCAUGCCUCCAUCACCAACUCACCAGGCUGGCGUCCAACUUUUCGAUUUUAUAGCAAGUGGUUGUCUUUGCUCGGAGCAGUAGUGUCUGUGAUCAUCAUGUUUCUCCUAACCUGGUGGGCUGCUCUUAUAGCCAUCGGCAUAGUCAUCUUCCUGCUGGGAUAUGUGCUCUAUAAGAAACCCGAUGUCAACUGGGGUUCAUCAAUGCAAGCCAGCUCAUAUAACAUGGCACUGUCUCAGUGUGUAGGUCUUAACCAAGUGGAAGACCAUAUUAAAAAUUACAGGCCACAGUGUUUAGUCCUCAGUGGGCCUCCCUGUAUGCGUCCUUCUCUAGUGGAUUUCAUCGGCACCUUCACCAAGAACCAAAGCCUAAUGAUAUGCACAAAUGUCAUAACAGGUGGACCCUCACCUGACGCUGUGGAGUCGGCCAAAAUCAGUACUCAUUUAAAAUGGCUUGACAAACGGCGCAUAAAGUCCUUCUACCACACUGUAGUAGCUGAUGACCUUCGUGUCGGCGUACAGAUGUUGCUGCAGAGUACGGGUUUGGGUCGGAUGAAGCCUAAUGUCCUAGUCAUGGGAUUUAAGAAGAAUUGGCGUAAAGCUCAACCAGGCGUCAUUGAAAACUAUAUUGGAAUUCUGCACGAUGCAUUCGAUCUGCAAUAUGGUCUAUGUGUUCUUCGGAUGAAGGAGGGUCUUGACAUAAGUCGAACAAUGCAAGCACAUGUGAAUUUAGGGUUUGAGACUUCUACCGAACAAGCACUUGACACAAGGACCUCAACUACUACUACAUCACCCACAAUUGACACAUCACUGGACCCCGAGGAACUAAUGGCCAUAUCCCAGCCAACCACUGUAUUUCAGACUAGACAAGGAAAGAAGACCAUUGAUGUGUAUUGGCUAUCUGAUGAUGGAGGUCUGACGCUAUUAUUGCCUUACCUCCUGACCCGUAAAAAGCGCUGGGGCAGAUGCAAAGUGAGGGUGUUUGUUGGAGGUGAAGCUCAACAGGUUGAUGAGCAGAAACAAGAGCUCAAAGCUCUGAUCAGCAGGUUCCGUCUGGGUUUCCAAGAUAUUCAAGUCCUUCCGGACAUCAAUGGAAAACCACAGUCUGAGCACAUUAAAAGAUUCGAAGACCUCAUAGCUCCAUACAGAGUAAGUUCAGUCCAAAAGGAUGGUCAAGAAGCUGAUGAGACCACAAAGGAUUUCUCCUGGAUGGUGUCUGAUGAGGAGAUUGAAACGUUCAGAGCUAAGUCCCUCCGACAAAUACGCCUGAAUGAAGUUAUUCAAGAUUACUCAAGAGAUGCCGCACUGAUCAUUGUAACGAUGCCUGUGGGGCGAAGAGGGGCAUGUCCCAGUUCGCUUUACAUGGCUUGGCUAGAGAUUGUGUCACGUGACCUCCGACCUCCAGUUCUUCUUGUCCGAGGCAAUCAGGAGAAUGUGCUGACGAUGUACUGCCAGUGAACACCACCUUUUACUGACAUAACUGUUCACACACGCACUUCAGAUGAAAAGAAACUCUUGUUAAUGAUAUGUUCAAAUUAUGACAGAUUUACAUUCAUAUUUACAUUCAUAUCAAUUUACUUUCAUAUUGUGUUUCAUACUUGUUUUGAUGUUAAUAGGGUGUUUGUUUUAAAUGGUUUAACCUCAGUAUAUAUUCAAAAACAUACAUUUGUGCUGAUUUAGAUAUUAUGUACUUUCUCCAGAAGUAAUGAACAAGUAAUUCAAACAAUUUCCUUUCAAAACUACAAAUUAAGUAACAAGAAUCUGUUUAUCCUGAUCUUAAUUUAGUGAUUGAACAAUUUGCAUAUGUAUAGUUUUUUUUCUUUUUAAUGGAAACUCUAAUAUUACUGAAUAUAUUUAAUAAAUUACUACUUAUGUAUUAA